UUUAUAACAGCAGCAAGACAACGACAUCAAGUUAUAGCAUUACGUUUACAAGAAAAAUUUUUAAUGAUGAUGAUUAAUGAAAAAACAGUUUAUUUAAAUAGUUCAAGAUUAUUUUGGAAAUUAGAUUCAUGGGAACAUGAUUUAAAACGACGACGACGUUUAAUACGUAAUCCAAAUGGUUCUAUACAUAAUGAAGCAACACAAAAAUCAUCAUUUAAUGGUAUUAAUGAUGAUAUAAUAAUACCUUUUAUACGAGAAGAAAAUUUAUUAAAACAAUUAAAACAACAAAAAAUGCAAAAUUUUAAUCAAACAAUAACAGAUAAUGAUGAAAUAUUACAAGUUGAUGAAAAAGAUCUUGAUCAAGAUUUUUCAGGACCAAUACGUUUUUCAACAGAAUGUUCAUUAAUUUGUGGUAUUAAUAUAAUACGUGGUACUUUAGCUAUGAUACAUAAUGCUAUGUUAUUUGAUGCUGAUGAAUAUGAUGAAAGUUUUAUAAAAAUUGAUUCAAAAGUAAAAAAUUAA